CGCGUGACAGGUGACAAGGGACAAUGAGCGGUGCGGCAUGUCGGUUUGAAGCGCAGCAUUUAUGCGUGUGGGCUGCGCGGUGGUGACGACUCCAGGCUUGAUGCCACCUGUGCCCACGUCGCGCCAGUCAGCCUCGCCAGGAGGGUGCAGCAGCCUCAUCUGCUGGCUUGCAUCUGCGGAGCCCCUCUCUCCGGAACUGUUGUUGCAGACGGAGCGGCCGUCUCACUAGCUUAACGAGCGGGUCCAUCCGUCCGUCUGUCCUCCCGCCUGCAGCGCCGUGCACCGAGAAUGGAAGGCACGGUCUGCGCCGCUAUCUUCUUGGAGCGCUUCACCUCCGCAGUGGAACAGGCGGUGAAAGAGGCCGCGGAGAUGAUCCUGGAGCAGUUCGUGGAGGCGGCGGAGAGCGAGGCACCCGUUAUGCCGGAGAAGCCGAGAGACGGCGAGUCGCGCAAGCGGCGCUUCAGAGAGCACUUCUGUGGCUCCGUGGAGGAGGUGAUCCGAGCGGCCCUAGAAACCGUCAUCGGCGAGUUCACCGGCUUCGUGGACAGUCGCUUCGCCGACUUCCAGCUCAAAAUGUCCGUCAAAGACAAGGAGAUCGACAGCUUGAGACUGCAACUGCAAGUGUGCGAGAGCGAACUGCGGGCGGCUAAGGGACAUCCGAACUCCGCGGACAGCGUGCGGCCCACGUCGGUGGGCAGCGGCAAGAGAAAGAUGAGCCCCUCGAUGACCAGCUCGACCGCUGCAUCAGAACUGUCAGCCGGGGAAUCCCAUCCGGAAAAGGUGACUGAUAAUCAGCGGAGCUCACCGGUCAAAAGCGGAGAUGAGACUCGGGGGGAUUCGAACCAAGGACCGGUAAUCCGAGGAGAAGCUGAAGAGGAACCCAAAGAGAACCAGACAUUGUCAGUUGUAGUCCUGGACUGGGAGCAGAUUGAAAGCAUCUCAAGAGGUUCAGAGCAGGAUUCUCUGCCAAAAGCAGUGAAAGUAUCAUACAAUGACGUGGCUCGGAUGCAACAGAUCUCCAGCCUGGAGGACAACAGGAUCAAUGAUGAAUCCCCAGCCUGGAGCUCCCCUGACAAUGAAGCUGAACUCCCUAAAGAGAGCUGCAAGGAAAGCGAGGUUGAGAACCUAAAUGUGGAAUUACUUGGCUCUACACAAGCAGCCCCUAUAGAGCCAGUGGUCCACAUCAGUGAAGAGGUGUGUAGCGAAGGUCCAGCACAUCAUGACCAGGGUGUCUUUGCGCAAGUGUGUGAGCAGGAAUUCAUUUUAGUGAAGCAAGAGGCCAGUCAGCAGGAGUUCAUUUUACUUAAGCGGGAGAAUUGUGGGCAGGAAUUUCUUCAAGUCAAGCGGGAGAUGAAUGAGCCGGCAGAGCCAACCCUCGUGCCAGAAAAGGCCUUCCACCGGUUGAAUUUUCAUUCUGAAGAUGCCUACCAGGAUGCUCGAGAGACAGAUGCCAUGGGGCUCUACCAAAGAAGGCUUUACUCACCUCGACUGUGCGUUUCAGCUGGGCAGCAGGGUGAGGCUGAGAUGGUGUACUGGGAGAGCUCUGGGAGGCUGGGAGAAGAUUCAGGAUUCAGCGAGAGGGACACGGCGGCCACCUACUUAACUGACUCAAGCCAUGCAGAUUCCUCUCUGUCUUCCUUUUCCGAGACCCCAUCUCUGCAGCGCCUUCCGCAGUCUGAAGGCCGAUGGCUCGGGGAUGCCGAGACCCCACAGCCUACGCAGGACGUCCUAAUUCAGUACCACUGUCCCGAAUGCACAGAGACCUUCUUUGAUCUGGAGUGCCUUGUGCAACACCGACAGGUUCACUCACUUGAGACCGAUCACCCGGAUGAUCCUUCGGGGCCUCUUAGUGGACAGGAAAUUGUACUGAACCCCCAAACGCCAAAGAAAUGGUACGAAUGCGACGAGUGCGGGAAGAAAGUGUUAAGCAAAAGGAGCCUCCUGCAGCACCAGGCGAUCCACACGGGAGAGAAGCCAUACUGCUGCGACGAAUGCGGAAUGCGGUUUGCGCUGAAAACGUACUUUCAGUACCAUCAGAUGGUCCACAGUGGAGAACGGCCCUACCCCUGCUCCCUAUGCGAGAAGACGUUCAGAGGGAUCGCCGCCCUUCGUGAGCACUACAAAAUCCACAGUGGAGAGAAGCGCUUCAUGUGCACCGAGUGUGGGAAGCGAUUCCGGACCAAAUCUAAUCUCACCACUCACAAGAGCGUGCACACCGACGAGAGGCCGCACGCCUGCUCUGAAUGCGGCAAAAGCUUCAAGCUCAAAGGCGAUCUGGUGAAACACAAGAAACUCCAUCUAGCGGACAAGCCUUAUCCGUGCGCUGAAUGUGGAAAGAGAUUCCGGACGAAAUCCAAUCUUAAAAGCCACUAUAGUGUGCACAGUGAAGAAAGGCCAUACUCGUGCGCCGAAUGUGGGAAGAGUUUCAAACAGAGGGGUGACCUUUUAAAACACAUGAAAAUCCACUUUAUUGAGAGGAUAUGGUGCCCUACUGAAGGUAGGGUACUCAUUCACUGACGUCUUUAUUUGUCCAGAUUGCCCGUCUCUUCUAGUGUGGAAAAGAGGAAAAUCUGAAACGUUUAUCAAUUUUCUUCUUUGAUCGUUUCUAGACUCUCCUUCUGCAUUUCUUGCAUGGCCAUGUAAAUAUGACCCUCUUUAUACUGUAUUUUCAUAGUUUUUCAGCAUUCCUCACAACAUGGGUGGAUUAACUUGUGCUCUUCUGAUUUCACCGAAGAUCUACCAUGAGUAUGAUAUUAUUUAUGUAAUGCUUUUGUAUUAAAACAAAGAAAAAAAGAAGACCGAAAAUACAAAUCAUCAAGGAAAAAAAAAACAAAAAAAAAUCAAUUUCUAAAAAAAACAGAAGUAAAAGUCAGUUGGAAAUGUCAGAAUUUAAUAUAAAUGGAUAAGCAAACCUCGACUGAUUCAAUCGACUGUUCUCCGAAAGCAGUCCAUCCUUACAAAGAACCGCGUGAACUGUAGGUGGGAAUUAUAGUGGAAAUUGAGUCACUAGUGUAGCGCCAUCACUUCUGCCAAAGAUGUCCUUUAUAUACAACUGCACAAAAAGGGUACCGAUAACCACCGCCAACUUGCACCAUAACCAGAUCAGUGAAGCCAACUGACUAAAUGGAAGUCGAAUAAACAAAUGGCCGCUCCCGCAAGACUUCAAACUUAAGGCCUCUAAUGGAUAGAUUACAAAAUAAGAGUAGUUAAUGUCUUGGGUUCAGAUCUCAAUCCUAAUUGUUGUACACACGGAGUUCACAGGUUAUCUGUCUGAUUGGGGUUUCCUCCGACAUCUCCAAAGACAUGCAGGUUUGGUUGAUUGGGAAAUUCUAUAUUUAUACCCCAUAUUCCCCUCUAUG